CCCACAGCCAGUUAAUGGCAGAGCUGUGGUUUGAACCGAGGUCUGCCGACUGCAGCGCUCAUGCAAGGGGGGAAGGGAUGCCCGAGACCCCACCCUGGGGACACCCCGCAAGGUGGGCUGAGCUGAGCAAGGCCUUUCUACUUCUGCCCCUCCUGCUCACCCCCCAACCCCCUCCCGCCGCACCUCCCCCAGGGCUCACCUCAUCCACCUUCACCGAGGCCGGCUCAUUCAGCAGGGCCUUUACCAGCUCUAGGGGAAAGAGUCACGCUGGGGGUUUGGGGGCAGCGACUGCCCUGCCCCUGUGUCCACCCCCACUGCCAGGCAAAGGUGGGCUCUCCAGAGGGGCUCCGCCCCAUCAGAGCACCUCCGAGGAGGCAGUGUCUCAGUGCUGCUACAAGAGGGAGUGGCUGAGACACCCGGCCGACCCCUCCUCCUGGACCCUACAGGUGGACGAAGUGAGGCACGGAAGAAGGGACUUUCCAGAGUCAGUGGCCAAGCCAGGAGUCUCCUUCCCAAGCAGGAUCCUGACGGAACAAUCUAUCUUCAGACUGGCCAGUCAGCCCCAGCCUCCUCCCCUCCCCAGCCCCACCUGGAGAGCAGGCGGGGCUCAGGAGCCAGCCCUGGGCGCUGGGCAGAGGAGGAGAAGAAACUGCUGCUAUAAUUGGAUUCUUGGAGGGGCAGACCAAGCGGGCUGUGUGGGGGCUGGGCCUGCUCAGCAGCAGAGAGGCUCUUGCAGCAGCCUCUAAGG